GCCGCUUCUCUCUUUUCCUCUCUCUCUCUCUCUCUCAUUCUCUCUCUCUCUUUUGCCUUGACUCUUCUCGCCUGCAUCUCGAAGCUUCGAGUCGCAGUCGCAGUAGCAGUGGCAGCCAUGGAGCGUCGCUCGAGAGGGAGGAGGAACGAUGCGUUACGAGGCAGGGUGCUCGCCCUUGCUGCUGCGGUGCUGCUCGUGCUCGUCUCGCUCGCAGCUGUCGCACCAGCACGGGCGGCUGCGUCGGCGCCGAGCGUAGCACGGAACCGCUUCGCCAACUUGCCGGCCUCGCUCGUGUACAUCGACGACACCAGCAUCGUCAUGUACCACGAUGCGCUCAAUGGCGAGGUGCAUCGCUCCGACGACGAGGGCAAGACGUGGAAGCCGGUCAAGGGCCCCGCCAAGGGCGAGGCGUACCUGCUCGUGCAGCACCCCUACGACAAGCGCAUGUCCUUUAUCCUCUCCUCGGGCACCAAGCACUGGCGUUCGACAGACAUGGGCAAUACGUGGCACAAGUUCGAGACGCCGUCGGCGCCCGCCGUGCGAGCUGGUGCGCCACUCGAGUUCAACGCCGACCAGAAGCACGCCGACUACAUCAUCUUUACAGGCAAGCACUGCACCAUGUGGACGCCCUGGGGCGGCCAUGUGUGCCACGACGAGGCCUUUUACACCACCGACGCCUUUGCCUCGACGCCCAAGCCGCUGAUCGUGUAUCUGAUGCACUGCACGUGGGCCAAGUCGUCCAAGGCCGUCGCGGUGAAGCCCGAGCACGCCGAGCGCAUCUACUGCAUCGCCUGGGACGACAGCCCCACGGGCAGCCAUCCGGCAGAGCGAAAGGCAGCAAAGAAGCGGGCGCCAACGGACUCGCCGACGAAGCUCUUUUAUACAGACGACUUCUUCAAGACAGGCAAGCGCGCCGUCGACCUGGACCUGGGCCGCGACGCGACCCAGUUUGUUGGCUUUGGCCCCUCGAACCAGUUUCUCGUCACGGCACUAAAGGACACCUCAAGCUCGGCUGGCGGCGGCGGCGGCGCGGGCACGGGCAUCCAGAUGGCCCUCUACGUCAGCCACGACGGCGACCAGUGGCAGCGCGCCCAGUUUCCCCACGGCGCGGGGCUGGCGGAGAACGCAUACACGAUCGUCGAGGGGACCGCCCACUCGCUCGUCGUCGAUGUCCAGGACGCGCUCGAGGCCGGCGACGUGGGCACGCUCUACACGAGCGACUCGACGGGUGUCCGCUUCGUCAAGAGCCUCGAGGGCACGAGCCGGAGUCGCGACGGCAUCGUCGACUACGAGCAUCUGGCCAACAUCGAGGGCGUGAGCCUGGUCAAUGUCAAGGUCGCCAAGGAUGCCUCGCAGCCGGGCUCGUCGGCGCGUGUCACCAAGUCGAUGAUCACCUACGACGACGGCAGCAGCUGGAACCUGCUCCCGCCACCCAAGGACCAGGUCCACCGCUGCGGUGCGACCGACGCAUAUCGCUGCUCGCUCCACCUCUGGUCCGUCACCCACAUGCACAACACCGGCCGCGUCUUCUCCUCGACGGCGCCCGGCUUCGUCAUGGGCGUCGGCAGCGUCGGCGACCAGCUCCUGCCGUACGAGGACUGCGACACCUUUCUCUCGACUGACGCUGGGCGCACGUGGACCAAGAUCCAGCCCGAGGGUGCGCACAAGUACGAGUUCGGCGACCAGGGCAACCUCCUGGUGGUUGUCGGCGACGAGGACGCGACCGACCACGCCAGCUACUCGUGGGACCACGGCAAGACGUGGCAGACGGUCAAGCUCGGCGUGACACUACGACCGAAAGUGCUCACCACCAUCCUCGACGGCACCUCGCAGAAGUUUCUCCUGAUUGGCAGCCAGACGCGCAAGCAGGCCGGCAAGGAGCUGCCCCAGGUCGCCGUCUUUCUCGACUUUGCGGGCAUGAAGCGCAAGUGCACGGAAAAGGACAUGGAGGAGUGGUACUUUAGGGACGAAGGUAAGGGAGAGCCCAAGUGCCUCAUGGGCCACAAGCAGCACUUCAAGCGCAGGAAGCCAAACGCCGACUGCUACGUCGGCGACAAGUUCCACGACCCCGAGCCGCGCCACGACCCGUGCCCGUGCACCGACGAGGACUACGAGUGCGACUUUGGAUUUGUGCGCGACGAAAAGGGCCAGUGCCAGUCGACGGGCCGCGAGGAGCUGCCGCCGGGGGCGUGCGCAGGACCCGCCGACAAGACGUUCCAGGGCUCGUCGGGCUACCGCAAGAUCCCUGGCAACGAGUGCGACCGCGACAAGGGCGUCAAGAAGGACGAGCCGGUGACGCGCAACUGCGAUGGCGUCGCUGCCCCACCGGGCCAGCCAAUGCACCGGAGGACCCACUUUGACGGCGAGAUUGUCGACCAUGCCUACUUCCCGGACUCGAGCAACGUCCUCCUUGCCCUGGGCGACGGCUCCAUCUGGCGCUCCCUCAACGACGGCUUGGGCUGGAGCCAGAUGGAGGUCAUCUACGACCAAAGCUACCCCGAUGCGCACUACCUCACCAUGGCCAUGCACACCUACGACAAGGAGCGCGGCUACCUCAUCACCAAUGGCCAGCGCAUACAGUACACGUACAACGGCGGCAAGGCCUGGCACUUUUUCUCAGCGCCCACGCCGGCCAACAACAUGGGCCUGCCCAUCCUCAGCUUCCACCCCAUCAAGAGCGACUGGCUCAUCUGGACCGGCUCCUAUGGCGACUGCUCCUCGACCCAGUCGACCGACUGCCGCGCCGUGGCCUUCUACUCGCUCGAUCACGGCACCAACUGGCUCAAGAUCGACGAGUAUGUGCGCACGUGUGCGUGGGCCAGGACGGCCAAGUUCCACGUCGACCCCACGGCCAUUGUAUGCGAGAGCUAUGCGGACAAGAAGGGCAACCAGCGCUCCUUUGAUGCCGCCAACAACAACCUCGAGCUCGUCUGGGGUCCCAACCACUACGACCGACGGGGCAGCCAGCGGCGGCGGCUGUUUAAUGCCGUCGAGGGCUUUGCCGUCUUUGACGAGUUCUUCAUCGUCGCCGACUACGGCGCGACCAGCGACACGCUCUCGCUCAAGGUCUCGAUGGACGGCCACACCUUUGCCCCCGCCCAUUUCCCGCCCAACACGCGGCUGGAGAAGCGCGCAUACACGAUCCUCGACUCGGUCACCAACUCCGUCUUUUUGCACGGCACCACCCACAGCAAGGCCGGCAGCGAGUGGGGCAGCCUGUUCCGGAGCAACUGGAACGGGACCUACUACACGCUCUCGCUCGACCACGUGAACCGCAACGAGUACGGGUACGUGGACUUUGAAAAGAUGCUGGGCCUCGAUGGCGUCGCCAUGGCCAAUGUGGUGAGCAACCCCGACGAGGCCAGCGUCUCGGGCGUCAAGACGCUCCAGACGCGCAUCACCCACAACGACGGCGGCCGAUGGCGGCCCCUCACGCCGCCCGAACGCGACGUCAGAGGCCAGCCAUACGCCUGCAACGACGUCGGCUGCCAGCUCCACCUCCAUGGCUACACCGAGCGCGACGACCCGCGCUCGACGUACAGCAGCCCCUCGGCCGUCGGCUUCAUGCUCGCCGUGGGCAACGUCGGCAAGACGCUGGCGCCCUACCGUGACUCCGACACUUUCCUCACGCGCGACGGCGGCUUCACGUGGGAAGAGGUGCACAAGGAUGCGCACAAGUGGGAGUACGGCGACCAGGGCUCUCUUCUGGUUCUCGUCAACGACGAGCAGGCCACCGACACGGUCCUCUACUCGACCGACGAAGGGCUCAGCUGGCGCGAGUACCGCUUUGGCGAGCAGGGCGAAAAGGUGCGCGUGACCAACAUUGUCACUGUGCCCGAGGACACGCACCGCAAGUUCAUCCUCCUGGGCACCACGACGCGCUCCGCCAACCAGGCCGUGGCCAUCCACCUCGACUUUUCGAGCCUGUCGUCGAACAAGUGCCACCUGGACACCAAGAAUCCAGACAAGGGCGACUUUGAGCUCUGGAGCCCGUCCGAGGGUGCCAACGACCGCUGCCUGUUUGGCCGCGAGGUGUCGUACUGGCGCCGCAAGCGCACCGCCGACUGCUACGUCGGCCGCAAGCUGUACGAGCACCGCGAGGUGGUGCGCAACUGCACGUGCACCAUGCAGGACUUUGAGUGCAACUUCAACUUCUUCCCCGACCCCGCCGACCCGGACAACAAGUGCCUGCCCUACCCCGGCUCGCGCGCCCUGGGCCCGACGGCGACGAUGGCCGAGCAGUGCGACGGUCCAGCUGGAGACUACUACUACGAGCCCACGUCGAUGCGCCGCGUGCCGCACAGCUCUUGCGACGGCGGCCUCCGGCCCGACCGCGGCGCACGGCACGUGUGCCCCACCAGCCUCCGCCGCCACGGCUUCCUCUGGUGGACGAGCCUGCUGCUGGCGCCCUUUCUCCUCGCCGCCCUCGUGGGCGCCUGGUGGACCCGGCGCUCCGGCUCAACGUCGCCGCACCACCGCCGGCCCGGCGCGAUCCGGCUGCCCCAGGGCAGCGGCAUCGGCGGCACCGACGACUACUUUGGCGGCGACAGCAAGCUCGUCCAGACGCUCGCCUCGGUGCCCUGGUUCAUCGUCGGCACCGCCGGCCUCGUCUGGGCGCGUUCCCUCGACAUUGCCGAGCGCCUGCCCCUCGUCGGCGGCUGGCUCCGCACGCGGCCCGCUGGCAGCUACGGCGGCUACCGCGGCCUGCACACCGACGACGACGCCGAGAUCCUGCGCGACUAUGAGGACGACGAGCCGGACCGGUUGUGAGCACCGUCUCUCACUCUCAACACACACAUUAGUUUUUCAUCGCUUCUUCAUUCUCAUACUGUGUGUCAAAAUUCAAGUAAUGCUUCCAUUGCACAGCCGUC